AGGCCUAGUCCAAACACCUGAGCUGGCAGCCAUAGAGGUAGACUGUAGACAUAGUAUUUAUGCUGUAGAGGCCGUUCACUGGAGAUGUCAUCAAUCUAUCAACCAGUGAAGAGGAUUGGUCACUCUAGUGUGCAGGUAGGAGACUACCUGUACAUCUGGGGUGGUGGGGAACAACCUGGUCUCCCUGGAGUACACAAUAAUAAAGAGAAAAAAUCAAUGUGUUCUGUAGUGGAGGUCUGUCAUGUACCAACUGGUAUGUGGGUACAAAAGCCUACCACUGGUAACCCUCCACUUGGUGUUGAGGGAUAUACUGCUGCUGUCAUUAGAAAUGAGUUAUUCUUUUUCGGAGGCUAUUGUGGUCAUCUUGGCUGUUUUCAUAAUAGUUUAUACAGUUUUAAUGUUGAUACCUUUAAUUGGAAGGAACUUUCUCCUACUACAUCUCAUCACAGUCCUAUGAUGAAGGAUAACUGUGCCAUGGUUGCAUUAUGCUUAAAUGAUGAGGACUAUCUUGCAGUAAUUGGAGGAGCUGGAUCAUCUUCUAAUAAUACCCGACCACAACCUGGUGCCCAGUACAGUGGAGAUGGUGAUUUGCAACGUUGCAAUGAAGUACAUAUGUACAGAUUAAAAACUGGUAAAUGGACUUCACCAACUGUCACUGGAGACAGACCACCUCCUAUUAGUGCCUUCACUUUAACAUCAAUAACUAAUACCACUGCUAUAUUGUUUGGUGGUAAUUUUGGUGACAGAAGGUGUGAUGAUGUAUAUGUAUUUCAAUUUACUGAUACAUCUGUGAAUUGUACAAAGUUUCCUAAUCCUAGAGGAUCAGUACAAUGGCCUAAGGGGAGAAGUGAUCAUUCCAGUGUAUUGAUCAACUGUAGCUCAGGACCACACGUAGUAGUGGUGGGUGGAUUAGGUACCAAGGACUGUUGGUUGUUGAAUAACAAAAUGAAAUGGAAACAACUGACUUAUAUACCAGACAGUGUCACUGAUAGAUCUUUUCAUUCUCUCUCAGUUUGGAGUGAGACACCUACAACUCACUGGAUAAUUGAGUUUGGAGGAUGGAGAGAUGGUUCAUUUCUCAGUGAAACAAAAUUUAUUGAAAUCAUAUCGAGUACUGGUGACUUAGUAGUACAGUCAGUACUGGACAUUAAUGAAUAUCAGAAGAGAAGAGUACUGGAGGGACUUGCUAAAGUUCAUAUAACUAAAGAUCCUGCAUUAUAUAAAGACAUUCUGGACAAGAAGCCACAAACUUAUGACCUCCUUAGAUUAUUCAACAGUUCUGCUGCCCAUUACAAAGUUAUUGGUAUUGCAUUAUCAGUUCCAGUUCGUGACCUCUUACCAUAUCCAGAGGCUACUACUGAUAACCUAAUACUAGUGUUCCAGAGAUGGAUAGAGUCUGAUAAAGGAGUGACCUGGAGGAAAAUACUUCAAGUUUGUGAAGAUUAUCCAGACCAACUAGGACAAGCAAAAGCUGAAGUGAAAGGAUUCUUAUCAUCAGACCGAGCCCGUAAUAGUUAUUAAGAAUAACAUUGCCUGUGCCAGCUUGUGUGACUGUUUUUAUUGUUAUUAGACAAGUGUGCAUAGUUUAAUUUUUAUAUAUCCUUCUAGCUGAUUGUAUGGUUUUUUGCAAGUAACUCGUACUGGCCCUCUCAUAGUUGCAUGAAACUCUUUUCUGCUGUCAGUACUUGUGCAAUUUGUAUAAUAUUUGUUAAGUUUGUCAAGUAUCA